CCUAAAGCAUUUGUGAACAAAAAUGUAAAACCCUAAAUCAACAAAACUCAGCAACACUCCAUCACCUUAUUGCAUCAGAAACAGAUAGGAGUCGGCGCCGGAGAUUCUCGUCGUCCACCAGCAACAGUGACAAACCCAUCCAGGUUUUCCUUCUUUUUUCUCUAUCUGGAAUGCUGCGAUUCACAACAUAGAAUUUAUCUCAGAACAGAAAAAAUGGCGUAGUUGGUAGUAAUUUACAGUGUCUUUAUUAAUUAACUCUGUAACCCUAAUUUCUUGCACAAUUUCUUUUUGAUCCUAUUCCUGUUCAAAUUCAGAUUGAUUCUGUAGAAACUUAUAUGAAAUUGUAGCAUUUAAUUUUAGGAAUCAUCUGUUUUAAAAAAUUAUGGCUGUUCCAAGUUCAGUUUUGAAGGUAGAAGAAAUUCAAGGUAGAGGAAGAGGAAUAGUUGCAUCUCAACCUCUCAAAGCUGGCCAAAUCAUCCUCACAGAUUCACCAAUCCUUCUAUACCCUGUUUCCCCCUUUACUCCACAUUCAUCUUCCUUUUGUGAUCAUUGCUUCAAAUCAUUGCAGCAUCAAUCUUCAAUUGUUUCGUGUCCUUCGUGUCACCAAUAUCGUUUUUGCAAUUCAAUUUGUCUCUCGAAAGCUCUCGGUUCUUCGCACUCAACAUGGGUUUGUCAAUCAUUAUCUCAACUCCAAACCAAUUCGGUUCUUGUUCAACAACCCCUCGAACGCCAACUACAAGCUCGUUUUCUUAUUGCUGCUUACAAUCUUGCUGUUACCGCCCCGUCAAAUUUUCAAAUUUUGUUAUCUCUACAAGGUUCUCAUGAUAAUGAUGAUGCAGCUCAGUUCCUACACUCCGUUAUUUCAUCCCUAUUUUCAGGUUCAUACCCGCGUAAUGAGUUGUUUUCAUUGCAACUCACGUCUUCGCUCCUUGCUAAGGAUAAGCUCAAUGCUUUUGGUUUAAUGCAUCCUUUCUCUGAAAAUGAUGAGAAUAGGUCUGUUAGAGCUUAUGGCAUUUACCCUUAUGCAUCCUUUUUUAACCAUGAUUGUCUUCCCAAUGCGUGUAGAUUUGAUUAUGUUGAUGUUAAUCCACCUUAUCACGCCGACGGUCUUAAUAAUACUGACUUUGUUAUAAGGAUGAUUCAUGAUGUUCCUCAAGGUAGGGAGAUUUGUUUGAGUUAUUUUCCUGUUAAUGAAAACUAUUCUAGUAGGCAGAAGAGAUUGUUGGAAGACUAUGGUUUUGCGUGUAAUUGUGAUCGAUGUACUGUUGAAUCGAAUUGGUCGGAUAAUGAGAGCGUUGAAGGAAAUGUGGAGGAGGAUGAUGGACAAGAGGUUAUGGUUAUGGAUGAUGAUGAGGAGGAGGAGCAAAAUGAAAAUAUGGAACCAUCAGACAAUGACAAUAAUGAUUUCCCACAUGCUUAUUUCUUUUUAAAAUACAUGUGUGAUAGAACAAAUUGCUGGGGUACUUUGGCUCCUCUACCGCCACAGGGUGAUGCAUUAUCUAAUGUUAUGGAAUGUAAUGUCUGUGGUAAAUUGAAGAGGGACGAUGACGACGUGAAUAUUGAUGAUAAAAGGCAAGAUGGAGUUGCCAUGGAGGACUGAGCAGUUACAAUGAUGCUUUUGCAUUGUUGCAUGCAGAUGGAGGGAACUCUUCCUAGAUUUUCUGCAUAUUGCACUAUUUACAAGCUGAGACAAAUGCUUAAAGCUCAGGAAUCAAAUUAUACUUUUACUUAUGUUUUUUAAGAGUGUAAUGGUAUGUUCUAUGCUGUGGUUUGUUGCUUUAUUCGAAAUUCUGCUUUAAAAUUUUGCCGGCAAAAUAUCAGGAUCUCCAUUUUUGAAAUGUACUUUUAUUUUAGAUCACAAUAGUCUCUUGCUUGAGGACAAUGUUUUAUAGUGAUUUUUUUAUGUUAUUUCGUAAUUUAGAUAAGUUAAGUUAAUUUGUUAAUUUGAGUGUGUUUUAACAGUUCUUCUGUUGUAGACUAUACUAAAAUUUCUUCUUAAAUUCUUCACAGGUUGAUUGGUUC